AUGCCCGAAGACGCCCCCUACGACCCGUACAUCCCCAGCGGCCAGGCUGCCAACACGGCCGGCACGCAACAGCAAGGAGGAGCUGGCGGCAAUGCGAGAACUCAGGCUCUGCAAGCUCAAAUCGACGACACCGUCGGCGUGAUGCGCGAGAACAUCAACAAGGUCUCCCAAAGAGGCGAGCGUUUGGAUGCUCUGCAAGAUAAGACCGACAACCUGGCUGUGUCAGCUCAGGGCUUCCGCCGGGGCGCCAACCGCGUCCGCAAGCAGAUGUGGUGGAAGGACGUCAAGAUGCGCAUGUGCUUGAUCGCCGGCAUCAUCAUCCUCAUUCUCAUCAUUGUCAUUCCAGCCGGUAUGUCCCCCAUUUUUCUCGAGCGCUUUUCCUUUGGAUCGCGGCGUCUGUCUCUGUUCUGUGGCUCUAAUCAUUGUCGAUGUUGUAGUCGUCGCAACGCGCUAACGUAA